AUGUCCACCUUCGCUACCGCACGACUCGCCGAGAAAAGCCGCUGGGGUGAAGGUGAAUUCAGCACAGCUCCUCUCUUCAGUGGCCACCAUGUGGAGGAGAAGCUGGCACAACAGACAGCGACUGAGUUUAUCAAGGAAGCUGACAGAAUGAAACAACUAAUUGAAAAGGUGGAGAAAGAGAUAACACUGAGUGUUCAGUCAAGAAAGAAUCGCUGCUGGACAGAUGGGUUUGGAGAACUGGAAGAAUAUGAGAAGUUGCUGCGGGAAGAGAGAAACGCUGAUAAGAUUACCAUAGAGAAGCAGCUGGAGAAGAUCCAUAAUGGAGUAAGGAUGUUCCAGAGACAACUAACUGAUAUAAAGCCAAGCCCUAAGUUGAUUGAGAAGCUCAAGAAAAUAAUGUCAGAGGUGGACAUCUCAAUUAAUACCUUCAAAGAAGACCAGUGUUUUAGCUUUGAGGAGCUUUUGAAAGAGGAGAAGAUAUGCUGUCAGCAGAUUGUUGCCAAUGAAAAGAAGAUUGAGAUCUGGACCCUGGCUGUUAGAUCAGACCUGAAAAUGCCCACAACUACUUCAGUAAAGGUGACCAAACCCACAGGCAGGAAUCUCCCUCCUGAAGUUCUGGCCCUGGAGUCUUUCCAGCAAAAGACAGGUGGUCCUUAUGGGGGCUGGGACCAAUAUGACCACCAAGUCUUCCUGAAGGCAUGGAUCAAGCACAGUGGUCAACCAGCCUACAGGAGAGAAGCCAAGCUGUAUCUGCCAGAUAAAAGCCUGGAGGAGAUGGUGCAGCAUGAACAAUGGUAUCAGGAGCUGAUCUGCUUACAGGACAAGAAGAGAGAGGCCAUUCUGCGGUGGAAAGCCAGCAGGCAUCAAGAACGCCAGACCCGAAUAGAGAGCCAGGAGGAGGUGGAAGAAGCAGAAAAUAAGGAAAGGGAGGCCAAGACACAGGCCCGGAGACACAGGGAUGAGGAGGAGAGGAAAGAGGCAGCACGGCAUCUGGAGAAGUGGAGGGAAAAGAAGAAGAGGAAAGAGGAGCAAGAAGAUGAAGAGAGGCUGGCUAAGGAGAUGCUGCAAAGGAGACUGGCAAAGGAGGAGCGUCGUCGUCAGCUUGAAGUGAAGCUUACUAUUGAGGAGCAGCUUCGACUGAGAAGAGAGGAGGAGGUGGAACAGGAGAGGAAGAAGAGAGAGGAGGAACUGAGAGAGAUGGAGAAGAAAAGUAGAGAGGCAGCUGUGGUCAUCAGACAGUUUCAUGAAAGGGAUCUCCACAAGGUGGAGGUAAAGCUCCUGGAGAAACAGCUCGAGGAGCAACAGGAGACAGAGAGACAGAAGAGAAUUGCUGCCAAGAUCAAGAAGAAGGCGGAGAGCAACAUCAGCCGAGACCCCUCCAGACUGACCCAAGCCACCAAAGGCUGGAAAGAGCGAAUGAAACAUAUUGGGCCCUCUGGAGGGGGCGCUGCUCUGCACAUGUUUCACAGAGCAAUUCCCAGCUGGAGACAAGGCCUAUGA